UAAAUACUUCUCUUGUUGAUAACAGAACUCAAGCGUGAUUAAUCAUUAAAUGCGGCGUUAGUAAUCGCAAAUAUUCAUAUUUACACAUGUCCAACAUAGAUUUUUCAGUAGUUGUGGGCUUGUAAAGAUUUACUAUUUUACUUCAUUGUACUUAUUUGGCCUAAAUAUCAAAAAUCAGAGUAAGCCUUAAACAGAAAGGGUACGAACAGUCACUCUAGUGUUCUUAGAUUUGACAUACGUAAUGUCUCUGACCGCCGCGGAAACCCAGCUCAAGUCACGUUUAAGCGCGUUGGCUAAAGUAAAGCUCCAAGCAACGAGGGUAAUGAAACAGCGAGCUUCCAAGGCGGUGAAGAACAAUAAACGAGAACUGGAAGAUGAUUCUAUCGAAGCGAAGAAGCUUAAAGCCAGGCGUGUGCUUGAAGCCGAGAGAGACAAGGAGCAGUCACAAAAGAAAGCUCACGCAUUUAUCCAGGAGUCAAAAGAUAAUUUGUUGCAAUCCAGGGCUUCUGGUGUGGUACUUUUCAAUAUUUACAGGUAGCAGCACUGGUAACAUCAACGAGGCGGGUUCGGAAGGUGGAUCAGGGCAUAUUGGAUUCUCGCCGUCGCACUCGUCCCAGUCUCACAGGCCCUCACAGUUGGACGUCAUAAAGAAUAGCAGUAAAUUGGCGAUGCGGGAGGCGCAAGAAAAACGUAACAAACAGCACGAACAACUCCUAAGUCGACAACAACAUCAGUUCGAUCAACAUCAGCAGCAAAGGAAUUCAGAUUUGCCACUAGAAUACUUUCUGCAGACGGUCUAUGUAGGCGAUCUGAAUCCAGGAGUUACCAAUCCGCAACUGGCCCAAGAAUUUGCACCAUUCGGAAAAGUGGUUGAGAUCAGAAUAACGCCAAACGUACGAUCAUCGUCUGCUUUAGUAACGUUCGAAUCUUCGACGUCAACAAAGCUGGCGGUCGAUGGAAUGAACGAUCGCCAAUGCUGUGGCGGGGUCGUUCGUGUUUUCCCAUCCAGGAUACCACCAAAUCUCAGAGAUCACCAUGACCAAUACUUAGCUGCAAUGCGUCAGCAGCAGGUGAACCAAACGAGAUCUCCGAUGCAUCAAGGUCAGUCGCCGAGACACCCUCCAACCACUUCGCCCAGAAACUCGGUUUCCAAUUCUCCCAGGCACUCGGUUUCCAAUUCUCCCAGGCACUCGGUUUCCAAUUCUCCCAGGCACUCGGUUUCCAAUUCUCCCAGGCACUCGAUAUCGAAUUCGCCAAGAUAUUCCUUAACCAAAUCUCCACACAAGGGCCCUCACGGCGCACCGCUACCAAAGAGCAACGAUGCGCCUAAACAGCCAGAGCACGAGGUCAACAAAUUGCCCCCACAAAUCGCACCUGGUCAGCACGCGGCGACCAGAGGUUCUUGGGUAGAUCAAGAUGGCGCGGCUGCAGCGGCUGCUGGGGGCACCGUCGAAAAUGCUAGCGAGCACGAUGCAAGCAGGGGAAUUAAGGAGUAUGCCGACAUCUAACUAUUGCAAUGGCUCGCGACGGAUGUAAAUCUUUUAGUCUUCUAGUCACGCAUCUGCGAGUCGUGACCAUGGACUGCUGUUACUAGGCGUAGAACUAUCAUGAUGCAAUCCUUAUCUCAUGCUCACUAGUGUUGAGCCACCACUGCUAUGUUUAAUCUGAAAAUCUCAUCUCACUAAAUUUCGAAAGGAAACACUCAUUGAGAAGAGUUGUAAAGCCAUAUACUAUCUUGUGGCAUCGUUGAGACUGCCAUCACAUCCCCCAGUUACUGAACAAAAAUAUGCUUUCUUCCGUCAAAAACCUGCAGGUAUCGCUUCAUGAUGCC